AGUUAAAAUAAAAGCAAUAAACGUAAACAAAAUAAAAACAACUGAAAUUACUUUAGUAUUUUUUUUCGAUUUUUAAUACUUAAAAGUUUUAAAUGAGUUUUAAAACCGAUUCGAAUAUGCAUUUAGCCAAAGCGUGUGUUGUUCCUAUAUGUGAAGGAAAAAAAUUUAAUUUGGUUCAUAAAUUUCCAGCAGAUACUCAAAGAAGUUCAGAAUGGCAAAAUGCCAUUCAACAAAAGGAACCGAUCUUAAAAUUGCAGGAUAAAACUCAUGAUGCGAUAAGAAAAAGGUAUUUUGUAUGUGCAAGGCAUUUUGGAAUUAACUCGUACAAAAAUAUUGAGUCAAGAAGUUUGAAUUUAACAGCUAUUCCUCAUCUAAACUUAACAAAUCUUGAUGAAUAUUCGAAAUCUAAAGCUUAUCAGCUUGAACAAUCUCAGCAAACUGAAAAUAGCCCAAAAAAAGCAAUGCCUACAAUUUUGAAUAAGCUGGCUGCUACUUCAAUAAAAAGUGAAAGCAUUAUUAAACCAAUCAAAAGAACGUUUGACGAGAUGCAUGAAACUAUUAUGCCCAUAUCCAAUGUUAAAAGUACUCAAAACAUAAACACGAGUAGCCAUAAUUCAAAUGAAAGAGUUAAAAUAUGUCGAGCAAAUCUUGAUUAUGAACUAAAAUCCAAUGAUCAAAAAAUCGAAGCUGUUAACGAGUGCGAAAUCAAAGAUGAGCCGAAGGGAAAAAUUUUAGCAUUACUUGAAGUCAAUCCUGCCCAAUAUAAAAAAUUAUUAUCGGUCAUCAACUCAAAUUCAAAUGUCGUAGUAAUUGAUAAUAUUGAGAAUGAUUUGAAUACUCUUGAUGAUAACGAAAUCGAAAUAACCGUGAAUGAGAAUGAAAUUAAAAUUGACAAAUUCUGGUUAAGAGAUCAUUGUCGUUGUGGAUCCUGCUUUGACUUUUCCACAAAUCAAAGAAGUUUAAAUAUUUUAAAUAUACCUGACAAUGUUUCGAUAAAGUGUUUUGAACUAAAAGACAAUAAGCUUAAUGUAAUUUGGGAUGAUGAUCACGAAUCAACCUAUGAUACAGAUUUCUUGUUAAAAAAUCAAUAUGAGAAUCUUAGUGAAGCGAAAUCAAAUAAAAUUUUAUGGACAAAGGAGUAUAUGUCAAUUCCGAGCAAUGUAUGUCGUGUGUCAAUGAGGGAUUACAUGAGUGAUCCGGAUAUAUCUCGAAAGGUUCUUAAAGGACUGUGCUUGAAUGGAUUUGCAUUUAUUGAAGGCGUUCAAGCUACACAGCAAAACACUGAAUUUGUUAUUAGACAACUGUUUCCCAUUCAUAAAACACUAUUCGGUGAAAUGUGGACAUUUUCCGAUGAAAAAAAAGAUCACAUGGACACUGCAUAUACAAAUUAUUAUCUUGGACCUCAUAAUGACAACACUUAUUUUAAUGAUGCUUCAGGAUUACAAAUUUUGCAUUGCAUUAUGAAUCAAUGCACAGGUGGAGAAAAUUUUCUUAUUGAUGGUUUUCAAGUUGCAGAGAAAAUAAAAACAGGAUAUCCUGAUACAUAUGAAAGGCUGACUAAAACGGUUGUACCAGCUGAGUAUAUGGAAAAAGAUUAUCAUCACAAAUAUUAUGCACCUAUAAUAAAUUUAGAUCCAAUUACAAACGAAGUAGUGCAAAUUAGAUUCAAUUUAUAUGAUCGAGCACCUUUAAACACUUUGCCUCGCAAUCAAAUUCGUCAGUUUUACAAAGAUUUAAAAAUAUUGAUUUCUGAACUUGAAAAUUCUGAGAAUCGCAUUAGUUUUAAGCUAGAACCUGGAACUGUUUUGAUUUUUGACAACUGGAGAGUUUUACACGGUAGACAUGCAUAUGAUGGUAAACGUACAAUGACAGGAUGUUAUGUUCAAAGAUCAGAAUAUAUGUCUGUGCUUAGAGUAAAUGGAUUUAUAAAAUAAAUAA